AUGAAUCCUACCGAAGGCGAUGUAUCCGACCUACGGAUGCGCCGAAAUACAAACACAACUCAAUUUUGGACCUUACAAAGAACGACAAAAGAUGACUCUCCACCCCGAUCCCCAUUGUCAAAAGACGAUCAUGGCCCACCAAAACCCUCAUGCAAUAAGGCUGUCAUUGCUCCAGCAGACACCCCAUCUCCACACACACAAUCCAAACAAUCCCUCAACUCUCCCCAACCUGCAAGAUCUAUGCAGAACAAAGAGAAAACAACAGAUCAGUCUUUUAAGAGAGCAGCUGUCGAAGAUGGUGUAUCAGCAGGUUCAGUAUCACUAUUCCGGGAACCUUCUGCUCAUGAUUUCGAGCGAGAUAAUCGAGGGUCCUCGAAGAAAUCCUCGCCUCAAACUACAUCCCAGCCAAAACCUCAAGGAAACCAACCUCAGCAACAUCACCAUCUCCUUCAUACUCGGCCCGGUGCUUCGGCUGUAAUCUCAUCUCAAACCCAGAAGUACAACAUCAUUCUUCAGCCAGAGAUAAGGUCUAUCUCUCACGAGCAAUUCGUCACAGAGAUUAAAGGCAUAUAUGCUGGUCUUGUAAUGGUCGAAGCCAAAUGCAUUGAAGUUGAUAAUAAGCAAGCUACACUUACACAAGGUAAUCCUCCAACCCAACCGAAGCUCAACAAUGAACAAUGGCAAGCUCUCAUCGCUUUGCACCGUACUUUACUCCACGAGCAUCACGACUUCUUUUUAGCUUCCCAGCAUCCAUCGGCUAGCGCGCCUCUUCGUCGCUUAGCAUUAAAGUAUGCUAUGCCUGCUAGGAUGUGGCGUCAUGGUAUUUAUUCCUUGCUGGAACUUCUCAGACAUCAACUUCCUGCCUCACUUGAUCAUAUGCUUGUAUUCAUAUACUUGGCGUACUCGAUGAUGGCUUUGUUGUAUGAGACUGUACCCGCUUUCGAAGAUACUUGGAUCGAGUGCUUGGGAGAUCUAGGACGGUAUAGAAUGGUCAUUGACACGGACGAUAUCACGGACAGAGCGGUUUGGACUGGUAUAGCGCGUCAUUGGUAUUCAAAGGCUUCCGACAAAGCCCCUACAACCGGUAGGCUGUAUCAUCAUCUUGCUAUUCUAGCACGCCCGAAUGCUCUCCAACAACUGUAUUACUAUGCAAAGUCGUUGUGUGUUGUAGUGCCCUUUACGUUUGCACGAGAAUCGAUACUUAACCUUUUCGAUCCUGUCCUCAAUGCUGAAAAUGGGCAAGGUCAGCAUCGAUUACCGCCUUUGGAUACUGCAUUUAUCCGAGCUCACGGGCAUUUGUUUACAAACAGAACCAUGGAAAGGUUUGAACCCGCAGCUAAAGAGUUUCUUGAACUACUUGAUAGCCACAUCGGCCAAGUAACGAAGAAGUUUAUAGAGCAAGGCUGUUAUAUUGCAGUCUCUAAUAACGUUGCAAUGCUUGGAUUUGCAUCUAAAGAGAAUCCACUUAUGAAAGCUAUCGCACCUUCUUCAGAAGAAAAAGCAGCUGACGUUGAUAUGGAUGAGGCUCUGGACGAAUCUUCUCCCUCCAUGACGACAUUCAAACAUGCACAGAACCUUAGCAAUGCUGCCUUGGAGAUUGUAUUGCAAAGAAUAGGCGAUCCCAAUGUUCUUCCUUUCAUUCAUAUCUCUCUUGUUUUUAUGUUCCGUAUGUCCCAUUUUUCAGGCGCGAUGGACCUUUUGGCACCAGCAUUUCCAUGGCAAUCUCUGGCUAUUAUGCUCAAUACGUUACUUAAGUCCUACAAGUCUCUAAGCCGCAUUGAAGAUAACAAGUUUCCAUUGCCAGAGAAAGAUGAUGUUCGCCCCUUUCCAGAAGACUUUGGAAUGCGCGGGUUACUAUGGGCAGAAAAAUACUUCCCUGAAGAAUGGUUUCUCAACGAGAAGACUGAUGAAGAGGAGAAAUACCAUGAGCUUCCGUCUAUGAUCGACCAACGAAAGGAACGUAUAUUAUGGCUAGCUUGCCGUAUUGCUGAUGCCGGCCCAUGGAUCAACUUCAAUGUUUCCAAGCCAGAAUUUUCUGUUCAGAGUAGUGAUGCGGAGUUGGAGUCUCGAUCCUUCACAUUCGCUAGCGACUACUAA